AUGGAGUCAGUACGCCAGUCAUGUCGGCCAAAGCAUCAGGUCCUGACGUUGAAAUGCUAUCCUCGAUAUCAAAAGGGCGUUGCGGAGGUCAAGCCGAACCCCAGUGAACUCUCAUAUCUUCUCUACUAUGCGAGUACACGGCGCAGUAAGCUGACCAAGGUUGGCGCUUUUCUGGAGAAGAGGGUGGCCAAAGACGUUUGGCGUCGCCGAUUGGGCAACGUCCAGGUUGCGCUUCAUAUUCUGACCGCGCUCAUCGAAAAAGUCCCUCGCGACCUUCCUAUCUACGCGCGCUCUGUCCUAACCAUCAUCGACACCGUUUUACGAUCGAACGAAAUUUCCAUGGUGGAGGACUCGAUUGCUACUUUCGAAACUUUCUGUCACCACCAGGAUAUCGCAACCAUUGCGGCUGAACAAGGAAUCGCCCAAAAAUACCGAGAGGUCUCCCCCGAUUUCGAUCCGAUGGAGAAAUGCAGGACUGCAUGCCAUUUUCGAAGUGUUGUCGGAUCCGACAGUGUUGCGGCCGAUGGAGGGAACUCUCUGAAUAUUAUCUUGCCGGUCAUUCUGGAGAAUCUUUACUCGCCAGAUGAGGAUGUGAUUAUUCCGCUGAACGCCAGACUCCGUGAGAUCCAAGAAGGUGAUCAUGAUGCCGCCCGACCUAGGAGAAUGAGCGUUACAACUGUGCAUACGGUAGAUACGGUCGAGGCCGACCCUGCACUGGCAGGUGGAACAGCAGCAGACGUUGAUCGGAAGGCCGAGAUGGAUGCUAGGCUGCUGGCGUUGCGAUGUCUCGAGAGGAUCAUUGUUUCUGGAAGCAACCGUGGUCAAACACGAAUUGCGGCUUCUAUUAUCCUGCGAUUCAUCUCGAACAAGCAUUUCCCGCGGUUGGAUUCCCAGGACGAGUGGAAUGAACAAAGCCGGCGUGGAAACUGGGCUACUUCCCUUAUUGAGCUGAUUGCGAACUGGUGUCCUGUUCAGGUUCGAUUUGUGAUCUUGAUCACAGCAAUGGAUAUAUUGCUAGAAACGAACCCGAAGGAGAAGGCCCUCGACUCGUCAUCCACCAUCCUUUCUGUGGUUAAUUGGCUUCUUAAAUCCUCGGUCAACAUGAUCGGCUUGAGCGUUAUGGAUAUCCUGCUAGGACUGAUUCACUACGCCUCCAAAGUUCUAUCUCCACAAGAAGAUAAUGACACAGAAAAGAAGAGAGAUCCUCGACCUGACAGCCCAAUAGUCAUUUCCGACCAGCGAAAGGCCCUGCUCAAACUUCUUGAACAGUGCAUUGGAAAUUUGGCUACUCAUAUCUACUAUGCUGAUCAGGUGGCUGACAUGACACGAACUAUUUUGCGACGCUUCAAACCCAGCCUCAAUCACGAUAGUGCUGCCCAAUCUACCCUGGCCACUGUUCAUGAAUCCACCGCCUCUCCCAUUGCUCCCACUCAGUCUCUGUCAGACCCUACUGGGGAAAAAUCCCAGGGAGAGACAUAUUCGCACGCCGCUGUGAAAGUCACAGCCCUUAGGGCGGUCAGAGCCAUCUUCAUCGUGGCGAGCCAGAGAAAACCGACCUCGGAUUCCGAAUCUAGAAACCCUGUUGGGAUUCAUGUCUGGGAAGGAACUCAGGGCCUUCUCCGAGAUUCUGACCGCGAUGUUCGUGACGCCUACGCCAACGCAUUGUGGUCCUGGCUCCGCCUUGAAACAACAAAGGACGAUCUCAAGGUGCGAAGCGACUGCAUGAAGUAUGUCAAACCUUCUUCGAAGCGUGAGUCUGAGUCUAUUGACAAGCCGAAUCGACGAAGUACUUCAGCGCCAGGGAAUCAAAGAGAGAUCAUAGCAUCGGCUGCGCAAUCUACAUUCCUCCGAUUGCUUCAUUUGGCCAUUUACGACUCUGCCCUUGAAGCUGCUUCAGAUGACUCUGAAAUCCAGCUGUUGCAGAUCCUUCUAGAAUGUCUCGUCGGCCACCUUGGCGUCAAUGCUGUUCAGUUUGGUCUUCCUAUGGUCUUAAAGCUACAGGAGAGUAUGUACACAUCGGUUGACCUAGGCUCAUCCAAGGCCCGAAUCAAUGUUGCACACCUCGUUCAUAGCUAUCUUCUUGCUGUGACAGAGAAAUUUAACCUCGAAUCAUCCCAGGCUGGUGUCGAGAUACGUACCGAGAUUGAGAGAAGGCAGAGCAAGGGGCAGUGGCUAUAUAGUACCCGAAAGCCACUGACAGAUUCUUUUGAUCUCGGUAUCAAUGAUCUUGCUGUCAAUGGCGAGCAGGCUAUCCACGAUGAUUCUGUUUCGUCGGACGAUUUGACAUCUUUCCGAAAUGUUGAGACCCUUGUGAAUGGAAUUGAUGAAUCCUACCCUCAGGGCUUCAAUUUUCCUGUGUUGAACCAGCAUCCGUCCUCUCAAUCACAUUUGGAAGAGGGUCUUCCCUCAGCUGUGAGGGAACAAAUGUUAUCUUCAUGGUCUCGAGAGUCAUGCCUAGCUGCCGUCGAGAAGGAAAGUGUCAAAACACUUUCUCUCAGUGGCUCUCGUGGAGGCACCUUGCCGCGUAACGGGAAUGCAAACGGCAAUUCAAACACCUCUCCUGCUGGCUCUGCUACGAACAAGAACCGGCGGAUGAGUGUUCAUGAUGCUUCACGGACACCAGAUCACAGUUCCAGCAGAGGGUCUCCAGUACGUGCGAUGGAUUUGCGACGCGUGCUCUCAACGAAUAACGGCAGUCAACUUCGCAAGCUCAGCCCACUGCGAAGCCACGUUGAUGCAUCAAAUAUCAGCGUUUCCUCCGGAAGCGACAGUAUGGUGACUGACCACUAUUCUGUUUCGGAGAUGGACCCUGAUGGGACAUCUAUUCGGCAGCACGAUGCAGAUGGAUCAGAGACCCCCCGACCAUCCGCAUCAGGCGACAAGACCACAAUUGAGCAACCCAUCAAUCUAGAUUUUGCAAUCUCCGAGGAAAUUCCACCAGUUCCCCCUCUCCCCACCAAUCUAUCCAUCCCUGGUGGUUUCCCUAACGACUCUCAACGCUCCUUACUCACUGAACGACCAUCUACAGCCCCUGAUUCUAAAUCAGCUCAAGGUCAACCACACGCUCGCAACAAGUCCUUGAACCGUCACAAGAGCCGUAGCAGCCACAGUCUUGCCACUGCUUCCUCUGACGCAUACCAGGAUUUGAAUGGCGAGUCUGCCUUGGACAGCACGCAGCGAGACGAGUUGAAAAAGCUUCUAGAUGGUUUUUUGGCUCCUGAAAACAGCGCACUGGCCAAUGGUGACCGUCCAUCAACUGCUUCCAAAACACCAAGCAGAUCAGUUUCAAGCCGACGACAAGUCAAUGGCGGCAUUGGACGUCCUCCUUAUUGA